UAUCUUUCUAACAGAUAUAUACAUCAACUUUUACUGUAAAAUGUUUUAUCAAUGAUGCUUAAAGAGUAUUUUUAUGUUGUGAUUCCACAAAAGCAGGUGGUAGAAGACAGAUCUACCAAUAGCAUCUUUGUGGAACCCAGAGUUAAGUUUGAGAUUGAAAUGGAUUUGGUUGUAGAUGGUUCAAAAAACCCAGCGUCUCUGUUAGAAGAACGGUUUUUAUAUGAAGAACCAAUAUCCUCAUCACAAGAUAAUUCUUGUCCUAUUCAAGCUACAAUAGAAAGUAGUAAACAUGUGCAUGUGGGCAACAAGAUUGUGUACAAUGUGAAUGUGGAUGAAAAGUCCAGGAGUGGUUCGAUACACACCAGUAAUAAUAAUCUAAGUGUACUGCCUCCAGCAUUACUAGAAGAUCUAGUGGGAUACCUUCGUACAUCUUUUAGAAAUGCACAGGCUUGGAUUUGUCCACUUCCAUGGACAUCUAGUGAGGAAUACCACUUGGAAAAGAUGUUUAUAAAUCCAUUAAUCUACAAGACUGUUCUUGGAAACAAGGGUUGGUGUGUAGAUGAAACAGAAACAUUAUACUAUAAGCAGAUAUUACUACCACGCAAAAAUCACUUGUAUCCACCAAAACGCAUUUUGAUUUCAGGAGAUCCAGGUUUUGGAAAAAGCACGGUACUGAAAAAAUUGGCAUAUGACUGGGCUGUUGAAAAAGAAGGUUAUUUGUGUCACUUUAAACUUGUGUUUCUUCUGAAGUUGAGAUACAUGAAUUUAGACCUCCAUGAUACUGUGGUUGAGCAAGUACUUCAAGACCUGAAAUGGCAUGGUCACAAAGAUGUGCUAUGGGAUUAUAUUAGACAACACCAGUCUGAGGUUCUCUUCUUACUUGAUGGAUAUGAUGAGAUGACAGAGGAACAGAAGUCAGUUGGAACCAUCUCUCGUCUUCUUAGUGGAGUCACUGUUCCUGAAGCCACGGUAGUAAUCACAUCUAGGCCAGUAGCAGUCUGUGAAAUCAUCAAACACUGUGACAGAAAAUGUGAACUUCGGGGCAUCAGUGAGUUAAAUGUUAAUAAAUUUCUGAGUCAGUUUUUUCACAGUGAGGAUACUCUUGAAGGAGCCGAGCAAGAAAAGAAUUUCAUUUCAUUUCUUAUGAAAUUGUUUUCAACUGAUAAUGUUAGCCUGAAGUUUUUGACUCAGAAUCCUAUGAUGUUGCAUUUUCUCUGUGCCUUACUGAAACAGAAUCAAUCCCUCAGUAUUUCUGUUGAUAUGAAUAGAACAUGUUUUACAACAGGGGUAUACUUGGGAAUAUUGGAAUGUCUGUUUGAAAGGUGUCUUCUAAGGAACUCUUACUUAACUUUGUAUUCAAAACAAGCAGUUUUCCAUGAAAUGCUGCAGGAAUUAGGCAGUCUCUGUCUUUGUGCUUUGAAGACAGGAAAUUAUAAACUAGAAGAAUCAAAAGUAAGUAACUUAAAGUUUGCUGCCUGCCUAAAAGAAAUGGGUCUUCUUCACCUAGUAUCACAGACUAAGGGUAAAGAACAGACACUAGAAUUAAUGCAUACUUCAUUUUAUGAUUUUUUAGCUUCCUAUUACUUAAACUCCUUAAGUGCUGAAAAACGGAAGUGUGAGCUCAACAACUUUUUUAAGACUGUUACAAUGAAGAAAGAAACACUUCCUCUUCAGAUGUUUGUGUUUUUAGUGGGAUUGUUAAGAGACAAUGCUUAUCAAUUUACAAGCUGCCUUCCUUUUGAUAUAUAUGGGGCAUUAAAUCGAACAGAAAUCAUUAAGCAUGCGUGUCAGCUUGCUUCUGAAUGCACAGAUACUGAUGAAAACUUUUACGCACUUCAACAUUUUUUACCAGAAAACUUAGUGUUGGACAAUUUGAUAACUAUGCAUUCUACAGCUAGUAUCAUUCCUGGAAUAGUCAGGCUUCUGGCUAGUCCAACCUGUAGAGUGAAACAAAUAGUCAUUUGUUCUGAUACAAUGCUUGAUUUCAGUAUCACAGGAAAAGAUGCAUACCAUAAGCUUCUUAGUGGUCUGAAAAAAAAUACAUCUAUUGUAAGUGUUGACUUUAAAAUGUACACAUCAUUUGGACGUUUUGAAAUAUAUGAAAAUAUGGAUAUUCUGAAGACUGGGUUUUCAGAAUUUUGCUGCUUUGGGCUUGAUGGAAAAGAACUAGAAGAAGUGAAAAUAAAGUUUGACACUGGACUUGAAGCUAUAUCAAGAGAAGUUUUUGCUCUUCUUAGUAAAUGCUGUUCGUUAAAGAUUCUCCACCUUGAGAACCAUACAAAGCAUGUGAAAGAUGUAAAGGUUGUUGAUAAAGACAACCUUGAUUCAAGUCUGAAGCAGUGUAAUAACAUACAAUCAUUGACUUUGAAAGGAAUGAAAUACAGUUUGGAAGAAUGGAAACUGGUUGCAAGUAUCCUGGAAGAAAAAAAAGUGAAAUCUUUAGCAAUGUCCACUGUGAGAAAUACGAGGCACAAAGAAAACAUAAAGAGAAAGUUUAAAAGAGCCGUUUGUUUUAGAAGAGAAAUCAGAUGUUCUGAUUCACCUUCACAUGUGUCUGAAUACCAUAAUCUUUUUAGUUUUCUUCAUAAAAAGCAGUGCGUUCUCCAGAAGCUUGAUCUGUCGGAAAACAUCCUACAAAAGGAGGAUAUAAUAUGUUUAACUGCAGCACUAAUAGUAAACAAAUCUUUACGUGUCCUUAUUCUACAUAAUUCACUUAUCAAAUUUAAUUACCUCUGUCCUCUUUUUAACACACUUCGACUUCAUUCUAAGUGCAUAACUUUAGAAGAGCUUUUUCUAGGCUCUGCAAUCAUUCUGAAAGCCAAGGAACAAGUUGUACACGCACUUUCUCUUGCUGUAAAAACAACUGUAAGCCUAAAAACUCUUACACUGAAAGGUUGGAAUUUUGAAAUUGUGAAGGAGGAAACUGUUCAAAAUCUCAUUAAUAGUUUAAAUACAAGUUGUUUAGUAAAUGUAAAAGUUGUAAACUGCUGUUUCAGUAUUAAUUUGCAUACAGUUGGAAUAAAAGAUAGUAGAAGGGGUUCAGAGUUGUCAUUUCCUGUUCAGAUUCAUUCAAAAAACUUGAAAUGUUUGCAUGUUGAUGGUAUUCAAGUGCAAAUAGAUGAGGGACCAUCCAUUAGUUGGAUAGCCCAAUUUAAAUCUUUCAGUUUUGCUCAAAACUUGCAAGAGCUACAACUUAUCUAUAGGAAUCUAGAUGAUGUAGGUGAUGACGAGUUUAAACAACUAUGGGAAAUUUUACACGAAAUGAAAAACCUAAAACGUUUGGAGUUGUCAACUUGUGGUAUUUUGAUCAAAGAUCCUGAGAGCUGUCUGUUUGCAUUAAAAGAGGCAAUAUUUGGCCAUGAGCUAGAACACUUGUCUCUUCAUUUUAAAAUAGAGUGCAAGAAAGAUUUUCAGCAUGGUUCAUUUAAUGAAGUGACUUUCUUCCACCACCUUUUGUUUGAAAUUGUGUCUUGUUUUCCUUGUUUGACUGAAAUGAGCUUCUUCUGGAUAAAUUUGGCCAUAUGUCAGUUACAAAAUAAUUCUAGUAAUAAUAUUGUUAUCAUGGAUCCUCAGGACAACUUUUUGUGGAAAAAUAAUUUAAAAAAUCUGGUAAAAGGACUGUGUCUAAGGAAAGAAUUAAAACUACUUACAUGUUUUUGGCCAAGAAGUGUUGUGAAUGAACUUAUUAAUAUAAUUAAACAGUUCCGCCACCUUAACUAUGAAACUGUGUGGGACAAGCAAAAAAGACUCACUGGUAUUAUUUUGAAACCUAAAUCUGAAUGAAGUUAUUUAAUCAAAAUGUUUGUAUCAGCAAGACUGAAGUCCCUAAAUCCCUCACCAUUAAGUCCCUAUAAAAAGUCACAUGAAAUACAACAGAAUUAGCAUCUUUAAUCUCUUUGCUAGGGAGUUCACUUUGGUUCAGCCUAUAAUUAUAUACAAGUCCAUCUUUGUUUAAAUUGUAACGCUAGUAAAAGGCAAUUAUUUCUUGACAUUCCUGAAUGUGGUUCAAAAGUGUAUUUAUUCACUUCAUUUGCCCACCCAAAAAAAAGCAAAUGUACAGGAUUUUCAUAAGUUUUUAGAUGUAAAUAUUAUAUAAAUUAUUGCUUGAAUUUUUUGAGAUGUUAAUACUGUCAUAAUUAAUGUAGAUGUGUGUUUUAAUUAAUGUUUUUGGUUGUCUGUUAAAGCAGUAUACUGUGUACUAUAUUUUAUCUUCUGAGCAGUGCAGUCUGAAUUGUAAGUUAUCCAAACCAAUAAAGCAAGCUUGCUUGUGCUAGUAUAUUAAAACUGUUAAUAAUAAUUGACAUUUAUCUAAGUUCUUCAAAGGAGUUUUAAAUGAGUGGGAAUAUUAUAAAACCAUUAUUAGUAGCUCUGAAAUAUAAAGUGAUGUGAUUGGAUGAAAUAUUGUAGGUAGAAUUUUCUUAUCUGAUAUAACACUUAGAAGUCUGUAAAUAGUCCAUCCACCAUCAUGAUUUGCAAAUGCUAUGGUAACUGAUGUCUAUUGUUCUUGGAGGGUAGUUAAUGUCAGAUUUUGUCAGUUUUCAUUUUUACAGCCAUCCUUUUAGUGAGACUCUAUAGACAAUAUUAAGGGGGAAAAAUGUUUAAGGUGCAAAGGAAGGAUUCAGUUUAGUGGUGAUUCGAGUGAAUUCAAACUUUUAUUGUAUUCUUAGUGAAACUAGCUUCUUACACUAAUGUUUAAAACUUGUAGAGUAACACCAACAAUCACUGUUAUGAACAAUAGGAAGAGUAAAUUUCUGUAUAAUUAAUAUAAGAAAGAAUUUUUAAAAAAAUCACCUUCUCUCUGUUAAAAAUUUAACUGAUCACUGUCAUUUGAAUCAUAAUAUGUAUCAUACUAGAAAACUUAAAAUAAUAUUUAAGUUUUGAAAUGUGCACAUCUCAAAUGAAGUGUCUUGUUUAAUGAAGUGUGUUUUUACAUUGAAUGUAUGGAAACAUUCUAUUAAGAGUCAGUAUUAACUAUUGUUUUGUUGCUUAAAUUGUCAUACAAUCAGUUACAAUUUUUUAAAAGUAUUUUAUUAAACAAAUGAAGAAAAAAAAUGUUUGUUAUUGCCAUGAAUUUGUUUACAUGUUUAUGGGAUCAAAGAUUAUCUUGUUUUGAGAUAUGAGUUUGUUACUGAAGUUUAAGUGUUCAUAAAUUAAUUCUUGUGAUGUGUAUUCUUAUGUUUAUAGAAAAACAAUAUGUUAGAGAGUCUCUUGACUGAACUUGCAAAGUUUUAUAGCAUACGAGUCUUGAGGUGAUAAGUGUUUGAAUUUUUAGGUUUCCAGCAUAUUUUUGAUACCUGGAUUGUCUUUGAAAUGUACAAGAAAAAGUCUUACAGCUUCUGUGCUGUGAUAAAAACUGAAAAUAGGCAUGUUAUUUUUUUUAUAUUUUAGCACAUAGCAUACAAUAAUAAGAUGUUUAAAAAUGUUUUUUAAAUACCGGCUCCCUAAUGACAUGCUCUUAUUGACGUGUACAUCCGAUAAAAAUAAAAGAACCAGGUUUCUUUAAUGCAUAAAAAUUGUAUGUUUUGGAACCAAUUUUCAGUGUUCUAGAAUUGCUGUCCAACACUUAAAAUGUCCGUACAUUUUGAUAUGCACUGUAACUGUCCUCUUGCCUGAACAGAGAUGUCGUUAAUGGGGUAUAGUGCUAUCUUUAAGAUACAUGUUCUAUUUCAAGUUGAAAUGUACUGCUAUUGAAUUCAAGUGUCUUAUGAAAUUACUUAAAGUUUUCAGAAAUUAAACUUUAAACAUUCAAAGCUCACCAUAGAUCAAAAAUGAUGGUUCCAGAUUUAUAUUAUUGUGGUGAAAUAAACAAAGCAUCUUUCAGGACCUGGAGAUUUGUAAAUAAGAAAACUUUUGCAUUUUGUAUAGUAAGCAUAUGACAGUUUUACUAAUUACACUGUUUGAAGGUUAAAUAACUUACUAAAGCCAUUAGCUGUAUAAAUUAUGUAAAUUUUUUAUUUACAGAUAUGGAAAUUGAAAAGUAAUAGUUUGAGUUAAUUCUUUUAUCUCACUAUAAAAGCUGUGCUACUGAUUUGUUUGUCUGAAAAGAUGAUUAAAAAAGGUAUUACUGAAGUCUGGAAUAAGUUCAUAGGUACUAAUAUAAAAGAAAACUAAUGUUUUAUUUUAGAAAAAAUUACUGCAAACAAAACUUUUUCAAAAUACACUGGUUGAGUUUUAUGUAGUUUUCAAGUUGGAAAAAUGAGAUUUUGAUUCUUGUUUAAUUACAAUGUUAAUAGGGUUUCAGAAGACUUACAAAGUUAUUAAAAUAUUACUUCUGUAGGUUUUUAUGUUCAACUGGUUGUCAGUUUUAUUAGGCUGACAUUAUUUCGUCAAGUUAUAUUCAAGAAAACGGCCAAGGCUUUCCUGAUCUUCACAACUGAUGUACAUUACUCCCAUAUAAUCUCCAAGCUUCCGUUUUUAUUAAAACAAUGAAUUAUGAUAGUAAAGAAACUAUAUAUUUAUAUAUAUAUUUUUAAUAAGAAAGUUUUUUUUAAACACUGGCUUAUUUUUACAAUUUUUAUAGUGUUCUUUUAUCUAACUAAAAACAUGUAGUUUUAGAGCAUAAGGUGGUUGUUGUAUUUAUAUAAAAUUUAAUUAUUUUUCAGUAUAACUUUAUCAAUGUAUUGAAAUAUCUUAUGAAAUUGUUAGUUGAAAUCUAAAACUAUUAUUGUUUAAGGUGUAAUUAUCUUGUACAGAGUUCUAAAGCAUCACUGAAUGACAAAAAAUGUCAAAGUAUUAUUUGUAAAAUAUGAGUAUUUUUAAUAAUAAAUUUCUAAGCAUUCACAAAUGAUACACGAUAGAACUUUUUCUAAAGCUCUGUGUAUUCCUAACGAUUACCAGAAAAAUAAUUUCUUUUUUUAA